GUUAGUUACAAUUUGGGAAAUUCAAAAUUUCUGAAAACAUCCCGCCAUCAACAACAAAAAAGCAAAUGAAAAACAAAAUGGAAGCAGAAGCAUCAUCAUUUCCAUGUGAAGAUGAACAAAUAGUUGCUUCAGCUCUUCUUCUUCUCUCAACUCCUUCCAUCUCUUCUUCUACUUCAAGCUACGGUAACAACAUGAAUUUGCUUGUCGCUUCUUCGAAAUCGUACAAUUCGAGUACGAGUGUGAUGACGAUUGAUGAAGCUUCUUCUUCAGCAAGUCUCAAAAGGCUCCGUGUUGUUGGCAAGUCUCCGAUCUCUGUUGCUUCUCGUGAGAUCAAGCUUAAGGUUGUAAGAAAGAGCCGGUCUAAGAUUCUUCGAAUUUCUGAUUGCCAAAAAGCAAGUUCAGGAAAGUUGGCUACAGUUUCAUGGGGAUCCGAGACAAAGAGUGAGGCAUCGUCGUGUUUGUCAAGUACCACCAGCACCUCGGUUUCCUCUGCACAGACCUGCAAGACUACAGCAAAAAACAAGGCGGUGGGAACUCCUCACCUGCACAGACGUGCUGAUUCCAUCAUGAAUCUGUUGGCUCAUCGUGAUGGUAUUUCUGAAAUUAGGAUUCGUCAGUUUCUUGGUGAUAGUCCUGAUACCAGCAAAGCGUUAAGAAUGUUGAUGAAACAAGCUGCUGUGAAGAGGUCUGGAGCUGGAGGCAGAUGUGACCCUUAUAUAUACAUGAUAGCAUGAUGGGUGCUGUCCAUUAACAUAUUACAAAUCUCAAAGAUACUUUAGUAAUCCCACUUGCUAGUACAUGGGAAAAUUUUGUUAUUAGAAAGUAUGGCGAAGAUGGUAUAGAAGAAUCACACUGCUGAACAAUUCCAUAUUAAGAGAGGUUAAAAUGUAUAGCCUUACUGCAAAUUAUAGUUGUCUGUUAAUACAUUUUAUACAAAUAUAUUGUGGUCUGGUGAUAUAAACUAUGCUUCUUUUGAGGCCCAUGUUCUUUGCAGUCAUUCAUUUAUAUUGUUCAACAUAGGAGCUGAUAGUCAGGCUUAAUUCUGUGAGCUCUGGUUUGAUAAGGUGUUCCUUUCUUUUACAACUUAAGUAACUCUUAUCAUCUAUCCCUUCAUUAA